CCCACUAGGCCCCGCCCCACACCGGUGCUGCCAUAGAAACCCAGACAUGGCUGCCGCCGGCCCUGGAGAAGGGCGUUUGACACAGCCGGCGGCAGCCCGCUCCAAGUCACGGUCAAUUUUCCCAUGUCAAGCAGCUCCCAAUGGAGGGAAGCCUAAGAAGUGUCUGGUCUAUCCUCAUCCCCCGAAGAGCUCCCGCCUGUCUCGGUCGGUUCUGCGCUGGCUCCAGGGCCUCGAUCUCACCUUCUUCCCCAGGAACAUCAGCAGGGAUUUUUCAAAUGGCUUCUUGAUAGCAGAAAUAUUCACUACAUAUUACCCCUGGGACCUUAAAUUGUCAUCCUUUGAAAAUGGAACUUCUUUAAAAGUCAAGUUGGAUAACUGGGCACAGUUGGAAAAGUUCCUGGCAAGAAAAAAACUUAAAUUACCUAAAGAACUAAUCCACGGAACAAUUCACUGUAAAGCUGGAGUACCUGAAAUACUGAUACAGGAGGUGUAUACCUUGUUAACACAUCGAGAAAUUAAAAGUAUCCAGGAUGACCUCGUGAAUUUCACAGACUACAGUUACCAGAUGCAGUUGCCCCUGGUCCCUAGGUCGACAGCUUCAAAGUCUAUUAAAGAUAACAUUAGGCUAUCAGAACUAAUAGGCAAUCCCAGCAAACUUAACAAUGAACUUAAAGUAGAGUUCCUCUUCCUUUUACAAAUGUUGCAAAGGAAAUUGAGCAGAAAACUGAACCCAAAAUGGUUUGCAGUCAAACCAACAGUGGGAGAAUCUACUCUUGAUCACCGUCCUGCCAAAGCAUCUGGGAACAAAAGCAAUUCAGUCAUUUCAAAGGAAAGAGCCGCUCCUGUGUCUUGUGGUGCAAGCAUGAGCACGUCGAGGGCUAAGAACCAGUCAAAACAGGGGAAACCCCCAAGCCAGGGUGCCCCCACCUUCUUCCAAACGAGCCAUCCCAGUCCUGAUUUCUACUUUAAAAAGAAACUUUCGAGACUUACAGCCUAUUGUAGAUCGUUGGACUCUCUCAACCGAUGCACAACAGGAAUUAAUAAAUGGUGUGGACCUGACUUUGGUAAUAGUGUCAAUCCACCUAAAGAAACUGAGGUUAAGCAAACUGGAGAACAUUGUUUUGACGGUAUGAAGCCUCCCAGAAAUGUGGAAAAGGAACCAGAAGAAAAACCUGUCUAAUGGCUUUGAAGAAGUGAUGUUACCACCUCUUGCCACCCUAAUAGGAUACAAUCGUCUACACUUGGAUAUAUUUCAAUAUUAAAGUGUGUCUUAUCCAUAGUUGGGCUG